AUGAAUGUGUUUAUCUUGACCAUUCGUUACAUUCUUGGCUAUGGACGUGAAUCAGAUCGCAAUCAGGCCUUAGAAGCUCAUUCGGUCGAGUCCGAAGAAUUCGAAGGAAAACCUGUCGGGGCAGUCAGGUUACAUGCGAACUGGUGGAUGCCACAUGCCUCUAUUCGAUCUUCGUUCAAUAGGCUGACCGAUUUGCCGGACGAAUCGACCGGGGAGAAUGCGGACGAAGAUUCCGAGUACAGUGGGACUCGGAUAUUUGGCAUACUACCAGAUGGUUUGGGGCGAUUGUCUGACAGUUCAGGUGGAACAGUAACCAAGAGUAAGACAACCGAUAGAGCUUUGCCAAAGAAUCUUGGUCCAGAAUUGACCGGAGAUGAUGCCGAACAUGGGGCGGGUGGUGCACUAACAGACGGCUCGGUGACCACGUCUGGAGGAGACGAGACUCACACGUCUGAGGAUGCGAGCAUCGACACUAUCAAACCAGCUCAUCCCAGUCGAGAACCGUCACCCACGAGUUCAACCACGUCCGCUAGUGAAGGCAGUGAAGAUAUUGAGCCAUUCCCAUCUCCACCACCUGAAGCCGCCCUGAUUGAUUCGUACCAGGGUAGAUCGAGUCCAUUGACGCAUUCACAUCUCGUACUCUCUGCUGGUUUAGACGAAGUCAUCGAGGAAGAGACUGGAGCAAGUGAGAUGGAAGCAGAUGCUGUUGCUGCGGCUAUGGCUAUCGCGGUUUUAGAUGCGGCAACGAAUGAGGGAAACGAUGGUGAACCGGAAGAGGGGGAGGAUGACGAAGAAGAGGAAGAGGAUGAGGAGACCAGUAAUGCCACGGUCAUUGUACGUGAAUCCAGGCAGUCACCACCUCCUGGCCCGGUGCCCGGGGUCUCUGGUGAAUCAGAAGAAACGUCUAGACCCAUCAGCUUGCCCGAACCAACAGAGCAGUCGGAAGAAUGCAGUGACGAGAAAACGCCGACCGGAAAUGGAACACCUAUAGAGGAAUUAAUUGCACAAGUUGACACACCAACUGGAGAAGAACAGUUGAAAGUAACAGAUGAAAAAGAGGACUUAAGCAAACAGUCAGAACAAGACCUUUCAGAAACACUGGUAGAUGAAGCCAUUACUAAAGCAGGAGAGGAAACAGAUGGAGAGGCUGCCUGUCAGUCUGUAGAAACACAAGCCGAUUCUGUAGCUGAUCAACAAAUUUGUGAGGAGAGCAUGAAGCAAUCAGUUCCGCAGGAUGAAUCAAAUGCAGACGAAGCAUCGGUUGGAGAGAGUGUACAGACGGAAGAAACAGCUCAGAUUGAGCAGCCACUAGAAAAACAGGAACAAGACAGUCAAGCAAUGCCCGAAACACAGGAAGCCGCGGUAGAAACUUCUGUUGAACAGGCUGCUCCUGAUGAAGAGCAGCAAGAACAGCAGCCCAGCGAUGAAGUUCAUGGAUCAGAAGCGACCCCGUCACAUGAAUCGACGGAUUCAAAUCAUCAAACAGAAAACUCGUCUGAUCCGAAUGCAUCCAUCUCUGCGGAAUCGGAUGAGAUUGUUAGAGACGAUGCAGCGGUACCCGGGGAGCCCACAAUUUCUGAAUCACCAUCGGUUGAACAGAAUACAGACGCAACGGAAGCCAGCUAA